GGCCCCCCCACCGCCUUCGCCGACGCGCCACCAGAGCCCGAGGUGUACCUGGAUCUUCUGGCGCAGGAGGAGCUGAGCUGCCUCACGGACACGGGCAGUGACGACACAGGGAGCAGCAUCUCCACGGUGCUAGGCCCCUUCGACCAGCUGGAGGAGGACACGCUGCAGCCCCCCCUCAGCUUCCAGGACGCGCCGCUGAGUUACAGCGACGAGAAGGUGCUGCCGCCGAAACCCGCCCCUCGCAAGGACGUGCAGGCGAGGUUCAGGUCCGGUAAGAAACGGCCGCCGCCUCCACCGCCUCCCAGGAACGACCGCCCCCAGUGCCCCCUGAAUGUGCAGACCAUAGCUGUAGUGGAGACGGACAGGGGCGACUUACCGCGCCUCGUGGACGUCGUCCCCAAAGCCUUCUUGGAGGCGGAGGAGGUGGUGCAGGGCACUGCUUUGCCCGCAGCGACGCAGAACGGGGGCGGCAAGGAAGAGGCACCUCCUCGAACGAUGGUGAGGCUGGAGGAGGUGGAAGGCGACGGACGCAUCUCGGCAGGAGACGAGGAAGAAACUGGGUUUGUAGGGACAGAGAGACCUCCUGGAGACGGCGAGGUUUUGCUGGAUUUUCAAGAAAGCACAUUCUUAGGUACAGGAAAUGAAGAAUGCAGAUCUGUAGAAAUGCAGAUUCAAAAAGCAGCAUCUCCAGUGACGAACGGCGGAGCAGACAGUGCGGAUAAGAGGCUUCCAGCAACAGAGAAUGAGGAAAAGGACCCCGUAGGAACAGUGGGCAGCGAAGAUGGAGGGCAGAGGCCGGAGGACAGGAGUGUGGAAGAAGCACUUGGGGCGACUCUCGUGGGGGAGGACGGAGGUAAGAGUAAGAAUGAACGUACUGAUGGCAGCAGAAAUGUUGAAACAGGUGCAGAGGAAAAUGAGAAAUCGGACACAGGCUUAAAAGGAAACAGGCCUGUGGAGAAUGGAGUCACGGAAUGCAGUCCGGAAGAUUGUCGCGUGGCGAUUAAAAAUAAUCAAAACAAUCCGAUAGAGGCCAAAAGCCUUCAAAGUAGUUCUCCGGUGGAAAAUGGUACAGAAAUCAGUUUCUUGGAGGCUGAUGGGCCUGUACCGAGGGACGGUAAGGAAAACAUGGCUUUGAUGGUCCGAGAUGCAGAGAACAGCCUCGUCUUGUCCAGAAAUGUCGAAAAUGGCUCUGGGGGGCCUUUUGCAAUCGAUAACGAGGAGGACUCUUCCGGUAUUCCUCGUGAUGAGGAGACUAAAUGUGCAGAAAUCAGUCCUGUAGCAGGUGACGGUGUGGAGAGCGGCCACGCGGGAGCUAGUGAUCUAGAGAACAGCCUUGUUGUUGUUGUUGAAAAUAAGGAAUGCGCGCCGGUGGUGACUGAAGGUGAGAACGUGAAGAACUGUCCUCCAGUAUCUGAAAGCAAAGCCGAGGCACCUGAAGCGGGCAGUCCAGAGCUCUGUCCUGUCGAGUGCGAGAGUUCCGGGACAGCGUCCGAAAGAAGGAAAGGAAACGGGCCCGUGGAAACAGACUCGCAGGACGGAGCAGUUAGCUCAGAGCUGCUCUGUGUUCAGGGGGAUGGUGUUGAAGUACCGACAGACGCUUUCGUGGUGGCUGUGCCCCAGAGGCAAUUCCUUCAUUCUGACUCGGACGAAGAGGACUUCCUGAUGGACCUGCCGGAAACUGAGCUCCUGGAACAGGGUGGCACAGUGUUUCAGCCUGCCACCGGGGCGCUACUGACCGCAUCCGACGCCACCUUCUUCCCAUUCCGAUGCUGGGCGGCGACCAGCCAUCUGGCGACCAUCGGAGAAGAUGAGGAGGAGGAUUCGGCCAAUCAGGGGGUGCCAGGCGUGGCUGUCGUUUCGGCCGAGGACCCGGGGGACAAGGAAGGCGACACCAAGGACUUCGUGGACGUCGACCUGGAGUCAAAGCCAGGACCCCAGCGCGAAGAAGAGGCACAGGCGACGGGAAGUGAAGGACCCGAGUCAGCGACAGAUGUCAGCGACGCUGUUGUGACGUCCCUGCCACCAGACGGCGACACAGCGAUGGACGAGUCGCCUCUCACCAGCUCGGCGUCCCGCCUGCCACCGGACGGUCACGAAUUCCCGCCAAACUACACGGAACACAACCCCUUCACAGUGGGCAGUCCGGCACUGAUAGAACUGGAGCUGGAGAAGACACCCCCGCCGCUCCCCGCGUCGGGCCCACCCCCCCGGAAGUUCUCCGUCGAGGAACUGCGGUCCCCGGUUCGAGUCCCAGCCUGGCGCAAGGACGAGAAAAGCGAAGGCAGCGUCAAGGACAAGAUCGCCAUGUUCUCGGCUGCUGGGGAUGCACCGACUCCCCGACGACGCUUCAGCAGCUCCGAGGACAUCUGCGUCGAUCCACGGUCUCCACGGCCACCUCCCCCAGAAUCGCUGCCCAAGAAGACCCCCGCACCCACCAUCGAUCGAACCCGCAGCUCCCUGGACCUGAGUCACUUGUCAGGGGUGUACACAUUACCUCGCAAGCCCGCGGGCUCUGCUCGCCCAUCCGCGCUGACACACACUGCAAGCCUGCACACACGUUCGCAGUCGUUGAUUGACAUCGGCCGUGGCUCAGCGGAAGACGUGCGCAAGGCGUCUCUAAACGCACUCAUCGAGCAGCGCAGGCGUGGGAUCAGCAAACUUCGUGGUCUGGUCAUUCCCGAGAAAGUCUCCGAGGUAGUGUCCCCAAGCCAUCCCAUCUGCGACCUUCCUGAGAUACGAAGCAGGGACUCCAUCUUGACCACCAACAAGGCACCUCCAACAACGUCGCUACAAAGGGCAAGUACCACCAACAGGUGGAGCACAGAGCAGACCACUGCAAGCAGCGCGCCCCAACUUGUGAUUCCGUCUCCGCCCUGGAAAUCAAGCAGCAGUGCUAACAACCUUCCAAAAUACUCUCCAGCCUUUAAAAGGAAGAGCUUCACGGUUUGUGCGUCCGGUCUUCCUGGUCGGGAAGAGCUGCAGUCGUUGUUCCCAGUCUCCAGACAGUCAGCAGAGCCUCCUGAAUCUCUAGAAAGCAUAACGUCUCCUACAAGGUCAGAUCUGAGUUUUGAGUACAAACUUUCCACGGCAAGCAAGAGUCCCUCGGCGCCCGGACGCCGCCCCGCGGAGGAUGACAGUGACAACGACUCGGCAGUGAGCUCAAGCCGUUCAAGCAUCUCGCCUCCACCCACGCCACCACCCCCACCCCUACUGUCACCCCUGCGCCGCACGCUGUCCUCCGAGACCACCGUUUCCGCAGCCUCGUCCACCACUUCCACUCUGACCUGCGGUUCCAGUGACAGCAACAGACGUGUUCUGAAGGCUCAGAGUGUGGAGGCCAUCAAUCGCAAGAAUGUGCUGUCUUCAGCACGCUACAGCAGCGGCCGGGACCUCAAGGUUGGAUCGCCAUUGAUACAGAGGAAGUUUGAUGAGGACGAGCGUGUUGCCUACCUGGUUGAGGUGGAGGGCCAUGCUGAUGCGGAGGAAGAGGAGGACGUCGAAAAGCUGCCGGAGGAGCAACCUCCUGCAAAGCCAUUACCUGCCCCCAGACAUGUUCCUGUGCCACCGAAACCGGAGCAGCGGAAGUUGCAAGAGGCAAGUCCUGAGGAGGAGACUGAUCUGCUGAGCGUUCUGACAGAGGGCAGAGGCUCCCAGAUGCGGCGCCAACGUGCCAAGGACUCGGUGCUGGGAGAUAGCAGGCGUUCUGUCAGCGUGAAUGACAUCAGGAAAGCAUUUGAGAAGGCUGAGAUGGCGCUGGCAAACAGUGGGCGCAAGGUUAACCACGCUCGCGUCUCAUCAUUGGACUCGACAGCGAGCGAGGAUAGCUUCACACCACACUAUGGGUCUGUUGGCAACCUGCAUCGUGAACAAUUUGGCAGCGUGACCUCCGUCGCAAGUUCAACGAGCCUGAUCUCUCCACAGGAGCUGCAGUUGUUGAUUGAUGAGGCAAAUCAGCCCCUAGAGGACUCUGUCAGCACCACAGCAAUUCCGGUACAUGACGUAGUAGUAGUGGUACUGCAUCGGGAGGGCACUACUGGCAGUGUUGGCAUCACACUAGCAGGAGGGGCAGACUAUGAGGCUAAAGAGAUAACAGUUCACAAGGUGCUGGCGGGCAGUCCAGCUGACAGGGAUGGGCGCAUCCAGAAGGGUGACCGCAUCCUCUCCAUCAAUGGGCGUAGCAUGAAGGGGGUCACUCAUCAUGAGUCGCUCAACAUCCUCAAGGCACCUCGGCCAGAGGUCGUUCUUGUCGUUUCACGCUCAAGAGUCCUACAGGAUGGAAGUCAUAAUGAUCCUCAGCUGGAUGAGUGUCCUGUGGUCACACACAUCCCGAGACCCUCACGGCCGCCCCGCAUCCCAGAGCAGCCAGUGGAGUCGUUAACUAAUCCUCUGGUUGCAGCUGAAGAAGAGGACCGUGGGCCUCCACUCACAAUCAUGCUAACGAAGGACGGUGCUGGCUUGGGAUUCAGUUUGGAGGGAGGUAUAGACUCUCCUCUCGGAGACAAGCCCCUAACCAUCAAGAAGAUAUUCACAGGUGGCUCUGCUGAGAAGAAUGGCCGGCUUCGUGCAGGUGACGAGUUGCUUAGUGUGAACGGUUCAGAUGUCACGAUUCUCUCCCGAAUCGAGGCGUGGGGCCUCAUGAAGCGCCUACCAGACGGACCCGUCGCCCUCGCUGUCCGACACAGACUGAACAAGUGACCUUCUUCUUUCCAGAAGUAUCUCUCCGUCACUGUGGGGCUAGUCCCCUGCCAACAGUUGUGUAUUGUUGCACAUUUGCACAGGUUUUGUAUCUUUAUAAUACAUUAAUCACCUCAGUGCAGCGUGUGAGCCGUGGAUACACCAUUCCUAGACGUAACAGACGAUAGCUUAGCAUUAACACAGGAGCUUAGUUGGGACUAACAGGUAAGUGCAAUAUCAAGUGCCAAAACUGAAGAGUGGGGAUGGAGACUGGCAGACAUUCCCUUGAAGAGAGAGGGUCUGAGUGUGGAACAGUCUGGGACAUCGUGAACGGGGAUACCAUGAUAAUGAAGGCGUGUGAACUGCUGAGAUCAUGAUAUUUUGAAGUUGGUUUCACGACACGGAAGGAUUGGGACCACGAUAUUGAAGAGUUGGUACUGUGAUACUGAAAUGUUGAAACCGUGGUACCAUACUGAAGAGUUUGGACGACUGCCGAAGUGCUGGGACCAUGUCCCGAAUAAAAGAGAUCUUCUGGAGGAUGCCAAUUGUGGGACUGAAGAGUAAUUAGUCUGAAGAAUAUAUUUUGAAUGUAGUAAGUCUGGAAUCAAGAACUUCACAUUCCAGAGUGGCAUUUAAAAAUGACAUAUUUUUAUAUUAUCUUUUUUCACCACAUUAUUUUAUGUGGUAAGCCAUACUUAGUCAAGAUUCUGAGCAACUAGAAUCGUGACAUCGACGUGCAGUCUGUGAUAAUAAUAAUUACAUCGGCAUUUAUUGCUUCAGCCGGUGGCCAGGGGUGUGGCUACAAGGUGCACUGUAAUUUACUAACACUUAUUAGUUUGUAAUUUGUUAAAGUGUGUGCGUGUGCGUGUGUACUCUUAUUUUGGUGGACUGAAUUCUAUUUUGUCAGAUUGUAAUUUCUUAUUUGUAGAGACAAUUUCUCUUUGGUUUUGACAAAGUUACAUCAUGACGUGUAUGUGCAACAGGUUAAACACUUUUUACCUUAGUUUACAAAGGACUAUACCGUCCUCUCCCUUUAUGGUGACCACUGACCUGUGCUCUUGCAUGUGAACUAACCUGCAUGUCUCAUGAGAAGGAAAUAUGUGAGUUCAAGCUCCCAACACAGCCAUAUCAUAUAUUUAUAAAAUAAGGGUAGUAAUAAUAUGAAAAUUGAAUGAAACGAGUACUAACACCAAGUGUUGAAUAUACUAAAAACAGUCCUGUGUCUAUGGGUUAUGAUGGUUUAUCAAUCGUAGAGGUUGUAUAGUGUCAGACUAAUUACAGGUUGACCAUGAACGAUGUGUGGGCAUGUCUUUGUAGAUUUGUGAGGUGAUUCUUUGGUGAGAAAAGGCACGAUGACUGUACCGCAACAUUUGGUCCAUGAGUCUGUGUUGCCUGAGGUCUGGUAUAUUUUCAUUUUUGUUAUUGUUAUUUAAUGUGAUCAGAACUGUUAUUUCAGUUCACUAAACAAAACAUUUUUAAAUGCAAAUGAUGUAUUGUAAUGUUCAGUUGAGACUGGAUGUGAAGUCGGUAUGAAUCGGGAGAUGCGCUGCUGGAUGCUCGUCUGUCCUCCUGCGGCCUCGCGCUCGGUCGGGUGCGGAGUCGUUCGGGUUUUAGUAGUACCAACAUGACGAUUGAAUGUUUCCGUUGGUAGAAUUGGGUGUGUGCAUUUCUAGAAUCAAAUUUAUUGAGGUGGUUGGUAUGCUACCUAGUUUAGAGCUUGUUGUGUAAUAUAUUGAUAUCAUCAGCUGCAAAUAAAGUUUAUCAGAACAGUUAUCAGAUGUAA